GUCUUGCCCCCCUCCAUCGCCCUACGUGGUUAAGGUUUAAAACGUGUUUUGUACUAGUUCUGUAUAACAGACAGAAUAGUCAAUGAGCUAUUAUUUACCGGUAGAUCGACGCAACCCAUCGUCAGAAAUCUCUGCCCAUGGUAAAUUUAUGCAUACGAGGAAAGAAGCCUUUCACUGCGUGAUCCCUGGACAUCUUCUCAAGGUUUGCCCGUGGUUACCGUUACAUACUCCCUUACUCCCCCCAAUUCCUCUUGAGGUUCUUCAGGUUCGCUGGUACAAUGUAAUGUCGUCUCUCGAAAAAACGUCUUAUUGGCUUAAGCCAAUUAAAGUAACAGCUCAUCUGAGUUGGAAUCCACUCUCUUUUGGACUAUAUUCACCAACUUUACCUCCUUACGAUGACAAAAGGAAUCCUUAUAACACCGAACAGAAUGCUCGAGCACCCAGGGAUAUACACCAGCGACAACAAUCGUCAAUAAUUUUAAAUGAAGAAGAUAAGGAGUUUAUUGUAUGGUGGGAUGAGCCGGCAGACCAAGACCCGGAAAACCCUAUGAACUGGCCGGCAAGGAAAAAAUGGCUGAAUAUUGGUGUACUUGCAUUUAUUGGCUUCAUCAUGUAAGGAAAGGUCAAUAUUUACUGAUGAAGAAUACUAAUCAGUUCUCUUACAAUAGCCCUCUAGUAUCCUCGUUGAUUGCACCGGGCGUUGAGCUCGUAAUGAAAGAGUUCCACACCACCUCAGAAACGUUCUCCACCUUCGUCGUAUCGAUCUUUGUACUCGGGUUCGCUGUUGGGCCGUUACUGUUCGCACCACUGAGCGAGAUUUAUGGCCGCGUCAUACUUUAUAAUGUAUCAAACGUCUUGUUCCUGGGCUUCACUGUCAUGUGUGCUCUCUCGGAGAACCAAGCGAUGCUUCUGACCGCCCGUUUCUUUUCGGGUUUCACAGGUGUGGCUACGCUCACGAUUGGUUCAGGAACUAUUGCAGAUAUGAUGCCGAGAGAGACCAGAGGAAAGGCUGUGUCGAUUUGGUCGGUGGGCACUAUUCUUGGUCCAGCAGUUGGCCCUAUAAUUGGUGGUUUUGUAGCCCAGGCAUAUGGGUGGAGAUGGAUAUUCUGGGUCCUUUCAAUUGCAGUAAGUUGAAGGUGGAAGAUUUUCUGACUUAGAAUACGUUAUACUAAUCUUCGCUAGCUUGGAGUUGUCACAGUUGUUGCCUUCCUUACUUUGACUGAGACUUACGCUCCUGUCCUACUCGAAAGAAAAGCAGAAAGUAUCAGAUUUGAGACGGGAGACUCGAGGUACAAAUCGAAGCUGGAAAGCGAUCUCAGACGCCGGGAGCUUCUGAGAACCAGCUUUCUCCGCCCUGUGAAACUAUUGGUUUUCUACCCGAUUGUCACGGUCAUGUGCCUGUACUACGCUACGCUUUACGGCAUUCUGUAUCUCCUCUUCUCGACAUACUCUUUUCUCUAUUCGGACGUGUAUGGUUUCACAACGUCGGCUGAUGGGCUUGUGUUCAUUGCUGGUGGCCUCGGAACCCUACUAGGACUAGCAUAUGUCGGACGACUCAGCGAUAGGGACGUCAAGAAGCGGGUAGAGGCUGGAAGUCCGAAUACACCAGAAGAUCGGCUGUCUCCCAUAAUUACUAUUCCUGGUGCUCUUUCGUUUCCACUUGGAUUAUUUCUAUAUGGGUGGAGUGCUGAGAAGCAUAUCCACUGGAUUAUUCCACAAAUCGGAACGGCUAUCACUGGAUUUGGCUCGAUCGUCAUAUUCAUAACCAUCCAGACUUAUCUCAUCGACGCUUUUGAGAAAUACGCCGCGAGUGUAUUUGGUGCCAAUGCGAUAAUAAGAGGAACUGCGGGGGCCUUUAUCCCCUUAGUUGGUCCUGGUAUGUAUCAUCGACUUGGCUAUGGUUGGGGGAACAGCGUACUGGCUUUUGUUUCCCUGUUUUUUGCUGUAGUGCCGUUGAUAUUGCGUCGAUAUGGUGCUCAUAUUCGAAAAUUGAAUCCCACGUGGGUUAGAUUGUGAGAAGUUAAUGUAUAGUAGUUUAAAAGCAAAAUAGAAAGCCGGGCAAAAGGCCUGUAAGUAGCCCGCAUAUUGAACCGAUUUACUCAGCCACAUUAAAAUA